UCUUUACUAUCUCUGCCUUUCAUUGGGGAGGGUAACUAGUAAGCAGAAAGAUUAGGGGGUGCGCCAAGAGCCCUUAAAUUUACAACACCCCUCCGCCUCUCCGACCUGGAUAGAUCCUAAACGUCCUACACCAAUCUCUCCCUUCAUCCCAUGCGACAAUUUCCCUGAAAAGCUCUCCGGGCUUUACUGGUCUUCUUCUCCAGAUUUUGAGGAAUUUAUGGGGAAGAAAGUUAAGAAGAAGGCUAGAGCUCCUCCAAGGGAGAAGUUGGUUGCAGCGGAUUCCCCCAAAAAAGCCCCCCAACCAAGCAACCCAAGUGUUAAGGACGGUGAUGAUGGGGUUUCAGUUGCGAAAGAGAGAAGGCCUUGUCCUCAUGUUGACAAAGGUGUUGAUUUGGAUAAAUUGUCUGCUAAAAUUGGGUCUUCAGGACCUGUUAGGUGUGAAGAUUGCAGGGAAGGAGCACUUGAUAGGAGGGGUGGUAAAGGAAAGGGAAAACAUGGGAAGAAGAAAGGAAGUUCCUCAGUGGAUUCAAAAUCGGAGUCCAAAGCCAUUUGGGUUUGUUUGGAGUGUGGUCAUUAUUCUUGUGGUGGGAUUGGACUUCCUACAACCCCUCAAUGUCAUGCAGUUCGGCAUGCUAGGCAGACUCGUCACCCAAUAGUGAUCCACUUUGAAAAGCCACAGAUGCGGUGGUGCUUCCCGUGCAACAUGCUUAUUACAAUUGAAAAGACGGAAGAGGAUGGUGAACAAAAAGAUGUGUUUGCUGAUGUUGUAAAAUUGAUAAAGGGUCAUUCAUCGGAGGGAUCAUCAGUUAAUGCUGAGGAUGUGUGGUUUGCGAGUGGCAGUGUGACAAGCGAAAUCAAAUCAGCUAGCAAUAUAUCAAGUGGUUUGGAUGGAAGAGGUGGUUAUAUGGUUAGAGGCUUGGUUAAUCUUGGUAACACUUGCUUCUUUAAUUCUGUCUUACAGAACCUUCUAGCCAUAGAUAGGUUGCGGGGUUACUUCUUAAAUUUAGAUGCAUCUACUGGAGCUCUUACUGUUUCAUUGAAGAAACUCUUUACUGAAGCAAAACCAGAGGCAGGACUUAAGAAUGUGAUAAACCCAAGGUCACUUUUUGGUUGUGUUUGUUCCAAGGCUUCCCAAUUUAGGGGGUAUCAGCAGCAAGACAGUCAUGAAUUGCUUCGUUGCUUACUGGAUGGAUUGUGCACUGAGGAGUUGAGUAUGAGGAAACGUAUAAAUUCUUCUCAGGAAAAUGGGAAUCCAUCAAUCUCAGGUCCUACUUUUGUGGAAGCUGCAUUUGGGGGCCAAACAUCAAGUACUGUUUGCUGUGUUGAAUGUGGUCACUCCUCAAUUGUGUACGAGUCAUUUUUAGAUCUGUCAUUGUCAGUUCCAACCAGAAAAUCCCCAUCUAAGGCUGCCCAACCCACCUCUCGAGCAAAGAAGACGAAGUUGCCGCCCAAGAGGAGUGGAAAGCUUCGGCCUAAAAAUAACAAAGAGAAGAAUUCUGUACCAUCACCAAGUGUUCCAACGCCAUCAACCAGCGGUGAGGUUUCUGACCAUUCUGACCAGCCACAGUCUAGUUCAACCGACCCAAAUGUGGCUGAACAAAAGGAAUUAGUUGUAAAUAGUCUAUCUGCUGUCCAAGAAUCUCCAAAUGAACAAGUCUGUGAGGAUGCAGCAGAGCAAACAUCAACUUUGUUGGAUGACUGUUCAGGGUUGGAUUAUCUUGAUUCGGGAAAUAUGGUAGAUGACAAUGAAGUCUGUGAGGAUGCAGCAGAGCAAACAUCAACUUUGUUGGAUGACUGUUCAUGGUUGGAUUAUCUUGAUUCGGGAAAUAUGUUAGAUGACAAUGAUUUCUCUUCACAAAAUAAUGAUGUCUCAAUUGUUCAAGAUUCCGAAAACAAGAGUUCACAUCUUAAUGAUGUCUCUCUACAGAGUGGCUCUGAAUCUAGUAAUCAGGUUUUUACACUUAAUAAGGAACCGAAUGUAGAACCUGACCGUUCUUCAGUGAAUUCUUGGGAGGAAGAGCUCCCAUUACAGGUUCAGGAUUCUGAAGUUUUGUUGCUUCCAUAUAAAGCAGAGUGUUCUACCACUGAGGAAAUCAUGGGAGGCGAAGGUGAGGCCUCCUCAUCGGUUGUGGGUUGUGGACAAGAUGACUUUGGCUUUGGGGACUUAUUCAACGAACCUGAAGUUUAUGGGCCCCCUACAAGACCCUCUGUAGGUGAGGGAGGCACAGACACUAGUAUCAUAGCUAGUGAGUCUGAUCCUGAUGAAGUUGAUGAUACUGAUUCUCCAGUGUCUGUAGAGAGUUGUUUGACUCAUUUCAUAAGGCCUGAGCUUCUUGCCAAUGAAAAUGCUUGGCAUUGUGAGAACUGUUCCAAAAUUCUUCAACGCCAAAGGUUGGAAGGAAAGAAGCAGGGAAAAUCUGCUGCUAAAGUUUUGAUAAAUGGAUGUGAGGCUAGAACACAAAGUGAUUCACUGAGUUUAAAUACGGGUCCUGCUGAUGUCAGAAGGCUUGGUAAUGGGAAUGUCAAAAGCAAUACUGGUUGUAAUCAGUUUGGUGAAAACUUCGUUUUGCAUGAUGGAAAAAUAAAUUGCUGGAACCAAAAUUGCUCAGCAAUUGAGAAUGGUCGAUCAGAUAAGUCGAAUUCUGUUGUUUGUCAACGACAAGAUGAGAUGGAAGAUGCUCCUCCAGUGCAGUCAAAUACGUCAGAUUGCACUAACGCUUGCAGUCUAGAAAGUUUCAGUGAUCAAGUCAUUGAUUCUAGGGCUGAUGAGUCUAGAAGUGCUAGUUUCACCUGUGACAUUGUACCACAGACUAAUUAUGGGAUAUUGGAUGGACAUCGUGAAUCAGAAGAAAGUGAGGAUGAGGAAGUAAAUUCCAAACGUGUGAAUGUGAAGAGGAAUGCGACUAAAAGGUACCUCAUCAACAGGGCCCCACCUAUUCUGACUAUUCAUCUUAAGAGGUUCAGCCAAGAUGCUCGUGGUCGCUUAAGUAAAUUGAAUGGCCAUAUCAGUUUCCAAGAAAAAAUUGAUCUUAGGCCAUAUAUGGAUUCCAGGUGCACAGAUGGGGAAAAGUAUGAAUACCAGCUACUUGGGGUUGUGGAGCAUUCUGGAACCAUGAGAGGGGGCCACUAUGUUGCAUACGUGAGAGGGGGUGAAAGGAGCAGAGGAAAAACUGAGAGAGAAAAUACUGGUCAUGCGUGGUAUUAUGCUAGCGAUGCACAUGUGCGUCAGGUUCCCCUAGAUGACGUUCUUCGCGCUGAGGCCUAUAUCUUAUUCUAUGAAAAAACUUGAGGUGAAUCCAACUUUCAAUAGGACGUUGCUGGCGUUUCAAAAGUUCCAGUUCUCGGCCUAAAAGACACCUGAGCUUCCACACAUGGGAGAAAGAAGAGAUUGAGAGAGAGAGAGAGAGAGAGAGAGGAACACCAGAGGUGAGUGUACAACUCUGAUAACCAUAUGUUUUUUAUACCCAUUCUUUGAAGAUGUAAUGAUCUUUUAGAUGUAUACCGCUAGUUAUAUCAUCAAAAAACGGGGUUUUCUUUGUUUUACAGCCCCAUUGCCCCAGGGGCCUUUGCUGCAUCAAUUACUCAAGAUUUCUAAGUAAUGUUUGUUGUUUACUAAGAUUACAUUUUAGGCAAGAAGCAUUGCUCAUUUGUGCUUCAAUGAGAAUUUCUUUUCAUCCCUUUGAU